AUGAUCUUGAGCGGCUGGCCACGCACUGUACUCUCCAAGGGUGGUUAUGCCUCCACGCACAGCACUGAGACAAUAGGCCACAGUCAAGCGAGAGCUUCUCUUGGCAAGACUCACAUCAAUAUUACAGCCGCCUCUACCGGGGAUCGGACUAAAGAAGCCCAGGUGUGGGCUUGGUUGAGGGACGCUGAUCGGCCCUGGGAAGGGUUCAGUUUGCCGGACGUAUACAAUCCACAAGUCGCUCAAAAACCAGCCAAGGGUUCUGCCGAAAAAAUGAAGAGGAAUAGAGGUCGAUCCUCUCAAAGAGAGCGGAACCAACAUGACCCAGGCAACAAAGCUCGGCCGGUGGCUUCAGGAUGCAGCUCAUUCAGGGAACAGGGGGAGGGACCGCAACCAAAAAGGCAUUCUGCAGAACCUCUGCACUCUGACAUGAUGCCAUCAGUAAAGUGGCCCUGGUCUUUGCAGCUGUUGACCACUGCUUCAACUGUGGACUUCACCGUAUAG